UAGCCACGUAGCCUCGUAGCUUUCCGCAGGAGGACAUUUAAAAUGGCGGAAGAUUGGCCUUUUCUUUUGAACCUUUUAUUGAUGGUUCUGAGUUUGAGUGGCUGUGCUACAAAGUUUUGUCCAAGUCCAUGUACGUGUUUAACUGGACCUGACGGGAUUCCUGUUAUGGAAUGCAAUCGGAAAAGGCUAUCGUCUGCUCCCCUUCAAGUGCCUGCCGAGGUGACCCAAGUAACCUUAAAUCACAAUGAACUCACUUUGUUGCCUGUUUUUGGUGAUAUUUCCUCCAACAUAACAUCAUUAUCAUUAAUCCAUAAUCGCAUCUCUGGGCUGACAAUGCAUCAGCUGCAGCUGUAUGUGUCGUUAGAGUCACUGGACCUCACAUCAAAUUCCAUAUCUGAACUCAAAGUUGGAUCAUUUCCUUCCAUGCAGCUCAAAUAUCUAAACCUGAGUAAUAACAGGAUCAGUAUUCUGGAACCUGGCUGCUUUGAAAACAUCUCCAAUUCCCUGCUGGUGUUGAAGCUGAACAGAAACCGAUUAGUGACACUGUCAUCCAAAGUCUUCAAGCUUCCUCAACUUCAGUUUCUUGAAAUGAAGCGCAACAAGAUAAAGAUAGUUGACAGCCUGACAUUUAAAGGGAUGGAUUCACUCAAGUCGCUCAAACUGCAAAGAAAUGGCAUCACUAAGUUAAUGGAUGGAGCAUUUUUUGGUCUUAACAACAUGGAGGAACUAGAACUAGAGUACAAUAAUUUAACCGAGGUCAAUAAAGGCUGGCUGUAUGGGCUACGUAUGCUUCAUGUCCUGAGAGUCAGCCAGAAUGCUAUCAACAUCAUUCGACCAGAUGCAUGGGAAUUUUGCCAAAAACUGGUAGAACUAGACCUCUCCUUCAACUACCUGACCAGACUGGAGGAGACUGCCUUUGUUGGACUGGGUGUCCUGGACAGCCUGAACCUCGGAGAUAACUCCAUCAGUCACUUGGGAGAAGGAGUGUUCGGGAGCCUUGGAAGUGUGCGCACUUUAGAUAUCCGCAAUAAUGAAAUCUCCUGGGCCAUUGAAGACUCAAUUGGUGUAUUUGAUGGAAUGAAGAAAUUAAAUACGCUAAUUCUCCAGAGGAACAAAAUCAAGUCAAUCACCAAAAAGGCUUUUGAAGGGCCUGAGGAGCUGGAAUAUCUGGACCUGAGCAAGAAUGAAAUUAUGUCUAUUCACCCAGAGGCUCUUUCUCACUUGAAGCUGAAAGUGUUCAUUUUGAAUACCAGCAGCCUGCUAUGUGACUGCCACAUGCAGUGGUUGUCCCCCUGGCUCACUAACAAGCUUUUCCAAACAUCUGUGUCUGCCGUCUGUGCACAUCCUGCCACUCUACUUGGUCAAAAUGUCCUCACCAUCAGCCAAGACAGUUUUGUUUGUGAUGAUUUUCCAAAGCCUCACAUCACAGUGCACCCAAACACGUCUGUAGCUCUGCGGGGUAAUAAUGUGACUCUGAGUUGCAUGGCCUCCAGCAGCAGUGACUCUCCUAUGAGCACGGCCUGGAGGAAGGACGGAGAGGUUCUGUAUGAUGCUGAGGUGCACAACUACGCCCGCUACCAAGAUGGAGAGCUCAUCUACACUACAGUCCUGCACCUGCUCAACGUCAACUUUACUGACGAGGGCCGCUACCAGUGUGUGGUCUCUAAUCAUUUUGGAUCCAAUUACUCAAAUAGGGCCAAGCUCACUGUCAAUGAAAUGCCAUCUUUUCUUAAAACCCCCAUGGACCUGACAAUCAGGACAGGGACCAUGGCCAGGCUGGAGUGUGCUGCGGAAGGCCAUCCAUCACCACAGAUUGCUUGGCGCAAGGACGGAGGCACAGACUUCCCAGCUGCUCGAGAGCGCAGGAUGCACGUGAUGCCAGAUGACGACAUUUUUUUCAUUGCAAAUGUGAAGACUGAAGACAUGGGGGUUUAUAGUUGCACUGCUCAGAAUGCGGCAGGAAGCUUAUCGGCUAAUGCCACUCUUACUGUUCUAGAAACUCCAUCUUUCCAGAGGCCACUAGAAGAUCGCACAGUUGCCCGUGGGGAAACUGCUGUGCUCCAGUGUAUAGCUGGAGGAAGCCCUGCCCCUCGCCUAAACUGGACCAAAGACGAUGGACCUCUGAUGCUGACAGAACGUCACUUCUUUGCUGCUGCAAACCAGCUCCUCAUCAUUGUGGACGCAGGCCCUGCAGAUGCUGGGAAGUACACAUGCAUCAUGUCCAACACUCUGGGCACUGAGCGAGGCCACAUUUACCUGAGCGUGUCCCCUUCACCAAACUGUGACACUGGAGCAGCCUAUGAGCAGGACGGUUGGACUACUGUGGGCAUUGUGGUCAUCGUGGUGGUGUGUUGUGUGGUGGGAACGUCUCUGGUCUGGGUCAUUGUCAUUUAUCACAUGCGCCGCAAGAACGAAGACUACAGCAUUACCAACACAGAUGAGAUGAACUUACCUGCUGACAUUCCCAGCUACCUGUCCUCUCAGGGAACUCUGUCUGAGCCCCAAGAAGGAUACAGCAACUCUGAAGCAGGCAGCCACCAGCAACUCAUGCCUCCUCUCUCCAAUGGAUAUGUCCAUAAGGGAACAGAUGGUGUAUGCUUUGGAGACACAGGCAGUGAAAUGGAAGUGGAGGGUAGUAACAUAUUACACUGUAGAAUCGGCUCUUUGUUCAAUGGUCGGAGCAGCUUCCAUCCAGGAGAGGUCCGCGAGGGGUUAGGCGGAGGUCAGACAGCAGGUGCAGCUCCUCUGGUCAUCUGCUCUGACUGCUACGAUAAUGCUAACAUUUAUUCACGCACUCGAGAGUAUUGCCAGUAUGCCUAUCUUGGGGAGGAUGAUGCAAUGGACAAGGGUCUUAAAACAGGCCUCACUGAGCAUGCUCAGCAGGAUGACUCUGUCCUGGAAAACCUCAUAAGUAACCAGUACAGCUGUGGUAUUCUCACCUCCCAUGACAAAAGCUUGAGUAACCAGGCUCCUCCAGAUCACAACAGUCAUGAUUUUCUUAACUGUUCUCAGUUGAAAGAUGGAAAAGAUCCACCUGUAAAAUCCCCAACAAUCCUGCCCCACCCCCCGGUGACAAUGCACCGGUCACCCCCUCUGUGUGCCUCUGUGGAUGGAAUAGUGGGACACAGUGAAAGUGCACAGGACUACAGAAAUGCCUCUAACAGGACUAACCCCUCUGAACACCUCUCUUCCACAUAGGCCCCUAUGCCUGUCUGUCAUCCACUACCUCCAAAGACUUUAGAUUCUGCCAAAGAUACCCUUGACUUGAAUGUUUACAUUCCUCUUGACUUUGAAGAGCGUUUCUCGCUGGAUAGACCUCUGUGUGCUGCAGGACCCUCCAUGUGCUGGACCACACCCACACACCUUGAACACUCCUGUUGUCUAAAGAGAACAUCUGAAUGUAUGUCUCUCAGCCAUAAAGGAUGCGGCCAUGGGUUAAACUAAGCCAUGAAUAUGUUCAAAUGCUCUUUCCUCCGUCCCUGCUGCAGUGGACAAGCUGUUCAACACUUUCCUCAAUAUGUCAGGUACUUUGUAGAAGCAGUCCAUAUGGCGUGAAUAUGCUCAAACGGCCUCUUCUCAUGUGGGCAGCAUCAGACAGGCCUAUGACCAGCAGUUUAUAAUGAAUGACCUUUGACACACACUCCCACUGCUGCCCCUCUGACAUGAACUCAUGUCUGGUUCCUUAUAUGCAAGAGACAAUCACACCAACACCUGGUGUGUAUAGGAAAUCAUAUAUAGUAGCCGCUAUAUAAUGUAUAUCUGUUCAUUUGUCUGUACUGUUUCAUUUUAUGUUCAUGUCAAUUGUAUGUUGUUGAGACCAUACAUUUAUUUGCACAUAAGACAAUCAUUUGCUGCCUAGACUGUAAUGGUUACCUAUGACGCCUUUUAAAAUGCAUUUGAAAUCAGAUCCAUCAGCCAUCUUUUGACUUUAUUUGAGUAUACACUGACUUAGACACUUCAUUCUGUAGUCAGCAGUGCCUUUUUUCAGCCAGGACCAUCUUUAUCAUUGAAAUCUGUUUUAGUCUAAAUGUUCUUUUCUUUUUUUAACUGAAGAACUGUGAAAGUGAAUGUAUUGCAUUAUUAUGCCUCUAUAUGUACUGUAUGUGUACAUAAAAGUAGUAUCUAACAAAUUCCAUUUUAGUGAGCAAAUGCCAACUGCAAAGCUUGACAGAAUAUGCUGCAGUAAAAACAUUUAUUGUUCGCCUCUAAAAUGACAAAGUAACAUCAUAAACCUGUGCAUUGUGAGCAUUCAAACCUUUUUGUUUGUUAGUCUUCACAGACUUAAGCAACAUUUCGUUUUAUACAAAAGCUGGUCAGCCUAUUGUUUUAAAAGUUAUUCCUGUUAUUGUUGCACUUGAGACUUGAGGUCUAUAGCAUCAAACAAUAAAGUCUUCAUCUCCUUAUGAUGCAUAUACCCAUAUUUUGAAUUACACAGUAUUUUUCUUUUUGCAAAUGAUGUGCAGACAAUGGUUGUUGGAUUUUCAACAGCCAAAUGGUUAUGUUUUAGUAUUAUAUUGCAGGAUGGUACUGUAUCUGUGGUUUUGCACUCUUUUGCAAAUUUUAAUUUGAGUUGAACUUACUAGCUUUGCAUUCCAAUCUAUUUGACACACUCCCUGCCUUACUGAAAUCAUGUUGUAAUUUACCAGUCUUCUGGUCUUUUCUGGCUCUACUAUACAAGAAAUCACUAACCAGAGUUUGCUGUAUAUGCAAAAAGUGUUUUUUUCUUGUUUAUUGCCACAGAACAUCCAGUGUCUCUACCAAAGUAUAGCUAUGUUUUGACAAUUCCCAAUGCUGCUUUUUUAUAAUCUAGUUUUGUUUACUUUUUUUUUUUUUUUUUUUUUACUUGUACAGCCUGUAAAGCAUGCCCAAAGAGCAUUUUUGUUAUGUAAGCAUUUACCCAACAUUAAACAUGAAUCUUGACA